AGGUCUGCCGGAAGAUGGCGGCGGCCGCGGAGCUGACGCUGCUGGAGAAGUCUCUGGGGCUGAGUAAAGGGAACAAGUAUAGCGCUCAGGGCGAGCGCCAGAUUCCAGUUCUUCAGACGAACAAUGGUCCAAGUCUAACAGGACUGACUACCAUAGCCGCUCACCUCGUCAAGCAGGCCAACAAGGAGUAUUUGCUGGGGAGCACGCCGGAGGAGAAAGCCGUGGUUCAGCAGUGGCUAGAAUACAGGGUGACUCGAGUGGACGGGCACUCCAGCAAGGACGACAUCCGCGCUGUGCUGAAGGAUCUUAAUUCAUAUCUUGAAGAUAAAGUCUACCUUACAGGAUAUAACUUCACAUUAGCAGAUAUCCUAUUAUAUUAUGGGCUUCAUCGCUUUAUUGUUGAUCUGACAGUUCAAGAGAAGGAGAAAUAUCUUAACGUGUCGCGCUGGUUUUGUCACAUUCAGCACUGUCCAGGGAUUAGGCAGCAUCUGUCUAGUGUUGUCUUCAUGAAGAACAGACUGUAUACUAAUUCCCAGUAGAAGCCACCCACGCCCGCCCAGAAGAGGGAAUAACCUGUGUCCAGUGGAAAGUGUGUUUCAGACCAGAGGACUGACGUGAACUGAUACGCACCCACUCUCUAUUUGUUGAAGUUGGUAGAAUUUAAGUACAAACUCACAUCCCAACAUUUUGUCUGUUUUUUUAGUUGACAUUUUGCAGUUUUUUUAAUGUAAAACUUCAACUGCUGUCAAAACUUGAGUUGAAAUCAAGUUAUCAAUUAUCUUGGUUUUUAUAGAUAUAGAUGAAAUUUCUGUGAAUAAAAGUUGCAAAUCAGUGGUUUAAUCUUUUAAAAAAAAGUCCUUCCAGUGAUUGACAUAUUUGACUGCUUAUUGACCUCUGUUAUCUUGUAAAAUUCAUUUUCCCCUUCUGCAUAUUUCUAGUAGUUUGUUUAUUAACAGCUGGAGUAAAUUGUCACCAAGGAGACAAAAAGGGAAGACAGAUGGAUUUGUCUUUCGUUAUUUAUGUGAGCCAGUAAAGGUGGUUGAGAAAAA